UCUGCCUUAGCAAUGGAGUCUCUCGUUUGUGUUUUUGCUCUUUCAGUUUUGUAUGUGACGGUUGUGUCGUCACAUACCGUUCCUAAUGUUUUUGAAGGUAUUAGACUUAAAGAUACCAACAACGUUAUAGUCAAAACAAUUGUGGUAGAUCAGUCUGGUCAUGGUAACUUUAAAACCAUACAGGCGGCCAUUGACUCUGUUCCCUUCGGUAUGAACAAUUGGACCAAGAUUGUUGUCAGACAAGGAACCUACUAUGAAAAGGUUACGAUUCCAAAAAAGAAGACAAAAAUACAAUUGGAGGGAAAUCGAUCAUCACGAACGAUAAUUCAGUAUAACGAUGCAGGGAGCUCCGUUAAAAGUGCUACUCUCACAGUGUUGGCUGAGUUCUUCGUCGCGACAAAUAUAACAUUUAAGAAUACCUAUAAUCAAGAAAAGCCUAUGACACGGUAUGAAGAGAUAAGAGUAGCUCCAGCGGUUUUGUUAACAGCAGACAAGGCGGCCUUCUUCGGUUGCGGAUUUUUUGGUAUGCAAGACACAGUUGGUGACUUAGUCGGCCGUCACUACUUCCAACAAUGUUUCAUCAAAGGAGCUAUUGACUUUAUUUGGGGAGGAGGCCAAUCUAUAUACCAAAGUUGUACGAUAGAGGUUAUGGGCGUGACAACAGCGACAGCGAGUAAUGAUGAGGUUAACAGAGGAUUGAUCGCGGGUUACAUAACAGCGCAAGGAAGGGGGACCGAGAAGGACACAAGUGGAUUUGUGUUUAGUGGAUGCGCCAUUUUUGGACCUGGUAAGGCAUUCCUAGGAAGAGCUUACGGAGGUUACUCGAGGGUUGUGUUUAGCAAUACUAACAUGGCUAAUGUUAUUGUUCCUCAAGGCUGGGAUUCUUGGACACAUCCAAAAGAAGUGAAUAAAGUGACAUUUGUGGAAGUAAAUUGCAAAGGGCCCGGAGCAAACAAAAAAGGAAGAGUGGCGUGGGAGAAGAAUCUCUCACCUCAAGAUGUAUCAUACUUUAUAAACCAUAAGACCUUUUUAAACAAAGAUGGUUGGAUAGAUAGUCUCCCUCCACAUCGAAGAAUACUUGGGUUCAAGUGUAAACCAUUUUUUUCACCUCCUCCUUUUUAA